GGAGCACACACCCACAGCUUUCCUCGUGGGCUCUCUCCUAGGCCUCCUGUCCUCUACAGGGCACCUUCUAGGUCCAGCUGCAGACAGGGAGUAGUCGCUGGGAAGGAUCUGACCCCUUUGGCCGGACAUAGCGACAGGUGUGCUGAAAGAUGAGCCACUAAACACGAUCCUGUGCUGAGAGAGGGGGGAGCAGCUCGGUUUCAGCCCUUCGCGUCUGCAAGCAUGACUGCGUGGCUUUAUAUAGCCCCACAAGCCCUAUAUAAGCUGGAAUCGAGGUUCCGUCAAGCAGGAGCGCUUACACAGACCUCGUCUGGCUGGCAUACUUCUCACUCGUACCGGCUGAAGUAGGGGCUAUCCCCACAGAGACAGCCCACCACAAUCCCAGGAUGCCCAACAGGACGGUCCGCUAUGCUCGCUACAGCCCGCGACAGCGACGGCGGCGGCUGUUGGCUGACCGCAGUGUGCGGUUCCCUAACCAUGUACUCUUCUUGGACCAUAUCCGCCAAGGAGACCUGGAACAGGUGGGGCGCUUUAUCCGGGCUCGGAAAGUCUCCUUGGACACCAUCCACCCCUCAGGCCUGGCUGCUCUGCAUGAAGCUGUGCUCUCUGGAAACCUGGAAUGUGUCAAACUGUUAGUCAAAUAUGGCGCUGACAUUCACCAGCGGGAUGAGACGGGCUGGACACCACUGCAUAUCGCUUGCAGUGAUGGGUACCCUGACAUAGCCAGGUAUCUCAUCUCCUUGGGGGCAGACAGAGAUGCGGCCAAUGAUGACGGCGAUCUGCCUUCAGACCUUAUUGACCCGGACUUCAAGGACUUGGUGGAACUCUUCAAAGGAACCAGCAUGGACUGAGCCAACCCUGGCCCGCGGGGGCUUGUGCCUCCCGGGGGAA